ACAAGGCUUUCAACACAACAACAAUAACAAAAACUAAGUAAAAAAAAAUACUAUUAACAAAACAAAACAGUAGAAAGACGACAAUGGAAGAGCCAUUUCUUCCGGAAGAUAAGCAGCUAGUCCCCUGUAAAGCCACAUGGCAAAAUGGUCAGCUCAACGUCGAGCUGAAGAAAGUGAGCCGCUUGGCUGCUCCUAUGGCCACCGUGACCAUUGCUCAGUACUUAUUGCCUGUCAUCUCAGUCAUGGUCGCCGGUCACAACGGCGAGCUUCAGCUGUCCGGUGUCGCUCUUGCCACCUCCUUCACAAACGUCUCCGGUUUCAGCAUUAUGUAUGGGUUAGUGGGUGCACUAGAAACACUUUGUGGCCAAGCUUAUGGAGCCAAACAAUACGAAAAAAUCGGAACCUAUACAUACUCUGCAAUUGCCUCUAACAUCCCUAUUUGUGUCCUCAUAUCAAUUCUCUGGAUUUACAUCGAAAAGCUUUUAAUCUCUCUUGGUCAAGACCCUGACAUCUCCAGAGUCGCUGGCUCAUACGCCUUUUGGCUCAUACCGGCUUUGUUUGCUCAUGCGAUUGUCAUACCACUGACCCGGUUUCUGCUAGCACAAGGGUUGGUUCUUCCACUGCUCUAUUCAGCCCUGACCACCCUUUUGUUCCACAUGGCGGUUUGCUGGACUUUGGUUUCCGCGCUAGGUCUGGGAAGCAAUGGUGCUGCCCUGGCUAUUAGUGUGUCUUUCUGGUUUUACGCUGUGAUUCUCUCAUGUUAUGUGAGAUUCUCCAGCUCUUGUGAGAAGACUCGCGGAUUUGUAUCCGGAGAUAUCGUGUCUUCUGUCAAGCAGUUCUUCCAUUACGGAGUCCCAUCAGCCGCAAUGCUUUGCCUAGAAUGGUGGCUAUUUGAGCUACUCAUACUCUGUUCAGGUCUUCUCCCAAAUCCGAAACUCGAGACUUCUGUUCUUUCUAUUUGUCUUACAACAGCAACUUUGCACUAUGUGAUUCCAGCUGGAGUCGCGGCGGCUGUUAGCACACGCGUGUCAAACAAAUUGGGAGCUGGGAAUCCUCAAGUUGCUAGGAUUUCAGUAUUGGCCGGGCUUUGUCUCUGGCUGGUAGAGUCAGCUUUCUUUAGCACACUUCUCUUCACGUGCAGGAACAUCAUAGGCUACGCAUUCAGCAACAGCAAAGAAGUUGUGGACUAUGUCGCUGACCUAACUCCUUUGCUCUGUCUCUCCUUUGUUCUUGACGGAUUUACCGCAGUUCUUAAUGGGGUUGCUAGGGGAAGUGGUUGGCAACACAUUGGAGCUUUGAACAAUGUGGUAGCUUAUUAUCUCGUAGGAGCUCCGGUUGGAGUUUACUUAGCUUUCAGUCGUGAGUUGAACGGAAAAGGACUUUGGUGUGGUGUAGUGGUUGGAUCCGCUGUGCAAGCCAUUAUAUUGGCUUUCGUCACAGCGUCCAUAAAUUGGAAGAAACAGGCUGAGAAGGCUAGGAAGAGAAUAAUCUCAACUGAAAGUGGACUGGCUUAAAGAAAGGGUGUUUCUGAGAGCUAUCUCAAACUAUUUGUAACUCUCAUUGCUCAAUUUUACAGCAUACCUUGUUAAAAUUAAACAAAGGUGCAAAAUUUUGUUAAUGUCAUACAUACUUGGUGUGUUACAAAUUGUUUUAUAAAAAUUGUAUGUUCCCUGUUUUAUAAAUACUUAAAUUUUUC